AAAAGAAAAACAUAUAAACAAGGAAAAACCUAUGGUGUCCAUUGAUCCGUUAGCAUGAAUCAACUAUAAUUCAACUUCAUUUCAAAGCCUCUGUUUUCCUCCAUUUCACUCUUUCUCCUACGGUUUCACUUCUCAAAGAGAGCAUCAUCAAAUGUUGGCUACUUCUUCUUCUUCUUCAUCUUCUACUGCUAUUUCACUUCAUCCACUUAGCAAUUAUAAUGCCUCUGCAACUCCCUCUCUCAACCCAUCUUCUCUUUCUUUCUCUUCUUCUUACUCGUACCUUUCUCCUCUCUCUUUUCGUCUCCAUAGCAGCAAAACCCAUCUCAGGAUUACCCCAAAAAAGGGAUUGAGGGUAAGUUGUUCAACAAAUGAACCUUUGAAGGUGAUGAUAUCAGGUGCCCCAGCAUCAGGUAAAGGCACCCAGUGUGAGUUAAUUGUACAAAAGUUUGGAUUGGUGCAUAUAUCAACUGGGGACCUCUUAAGAGCAGAAGUAUCAUCCGGGACUGAAAUUGGAAAUAAAGCAAAAGAAUUCAUGAACUCUGGGCGUCUGGUUCCUGAUGAAAUUGUGACGGCUAUGGUUACAGUCAGAUUAUCACAUCAAGAUGCUAAGGAGAAAGGAUGGCUUCUUGAUGGAUACCCCAGGAGUUUUGCCCAGGCCCAAAGUUUGGAAGAAUUGAAUAUUAGACCAGAUAUCUACAUUGUACUAGAUGUUCCUGAUGAAAUUCUAAUCGACAGAUGUGUUGGUAGAAGGCUAGACCCUGUGACUGGAAAAAUUUACCAUUUGAAAAAUUUCCCUCCUGAGUCAGAAGAAAUUAAAGCAAGACUGGUUACCCGUGCUGAUGACACAGAGGAGAAAGUGAAGUCACGACUAGAAAUAUACAAGCAAAAUGCUGCAGCAAUCUCAUCCACUUACAGCAGCAUAACCAACAAGAUUGAUGGAAACCGCCCAAAAGAAAUGAUUUUCAAGGAUAUAGACUCCUUGUUAUCUCAACUGCUGAAGGAUAAAACAGUAAAAUCAAUGAAACCUGUUCUUCAAACUGAGAGCCGUUUAGAUCAGGCAUCUUCAAACCAGGAAAAAUGGAGAGGAAUUCCAACCAGAUUGAAUAAUAUUCCUCAUUCUAGAGAAAUUAGGAAUUAUUUCUAUGAUGAUGUGCUACAAGCCACGCAGAGAGCUGUAAAUGAUGGAAGAACUCGACUGAAGGUGGAGAUUAAUAUUCCAGAGCUGAACCCAGAAAUGGAUGUUUACCGUAUAGGUACACUAAUGGAGCUAGUUCGAGUCAUUGCUCUUUCAUUUGCUGAUGAUGGCAAACGUGUCAAGGUUUGUGUACAAGGCUCAAUGGGAGAGGGUGCACUUGCAGGAAUGCCCCUACAACUUGCUGGUACCCGCAAGAUCUUGGAAUUCAUGGAUUGGGGUAAUUAUGGCGCUAUGGGAACAUUUAUCAAGAUUGGUUCAAUAGGUGCAAAAGAAGUUGAUGAAGAAGAUGAUAUGUUCAUCUUAGUGGCUCCACAAAAUGCUGUUGGGAAUUGCAUUGUAGAUGAUUUAAGAGCGAUGACGGAUGCUGCUGGGAAACGUCCAGUUAUACUCAUCAAUCCUAGACUCAAGGAUCUGCCUGGUUCAAGUGGCAUUAUGCAAACUAUGGGUCGGGAUAAGAGACUGGAGUAUGCAGCUUCCUUUGAAAGUUGCUACUUUUUUAGGCUUCUUUAUUAUGCUGGAACCCAAUAUCCAAUUAUGGGUGCAAUCAGGAUGACAUACCCGUACGAUUACGAACUGUACAAGAGGGUAGAUGAACCUUCUGGGAAGGAAAAGUAUGUUUCAUUAUCAACUUUUAAAGAAAGGCCAACCAUUGAUGAAAUUAACGACGCGUUCCUUGGAAAACCAAGAAAUAAAGAUAAGAAAGCCUCUGGAAUUUGGGGCUUUCUGAGUGGUGUAUUUUGAGUACAGUUGAAGUUGAUUAAACCAGAAAGCAGGGCAAGCCAGUUUGUAUAUUAAUUAGUACAUUAUUAAUACCAAAGGGGUACACAACUAUACUCGUUGGACCUUCUUAUAAUCGUAUUCCGAUGUCCUUUUCAUUCUAGGAAUCAGUUGGAUGUUACAUAUGGUUGAGGUUACGGGUUAGUUUUCUUAUUCUACACCAACAAAUACAACAAUCCUGAAAAAUUAAUCUUUUGCGGGUAUAGCAUAGUAAAUUGAUUUUCCUUCCAAA